AUGGAGGAUGAUCAAGGAAUAAUCAUUGAGCUCAAAAACAAGCCAACGGCUGAUGGUACUGAGGAAUACCCAGGAACUUCUACCAGUGGUAAGACUGUUAACAUUACUGUCAAAAGGUCUAAUGAACCCCAAGGAUCUAAUUUCUACAGGUACACCCAUACUCUGCAGAAUGGAGGAGGACAAUUCAAACUAAAGGAAGUAUUGGAUGAUCACAAUACUCCUAUUCCUGCCAUCAGUCAACUUAAAGGUCAAGAAGUAACCUCAGUUGAUGCCUACUACUGGAAACAUGAUAAUACUGGUGGUGGUCAGACGCCUGGUAAGGCCCUCUUGAUAGGGGUUACUACCCAAGGGAAUGCUACACCUACCUAUUAUGGCAAUGUAAAGAAUGCUAAUGGUAAUAAGUGGAUUGGACUUGGUACAGGUUCUACACCGAAUCUCCUCUAUAAUGACAUUGAAAGGACACUAGAUGAUCUAGUUUGUUCGAACUAUGGUAUACUCACCAUGGAUCUUAGCAAGGGUACAUCCAUGAGUGGUAAUAAGCCAUAUUGUUGCCGUUGUCAUGGUAAAGACAAGGGUGGUAGUGAUCAGCAGAAGAUCACUGUUGAGCGAAAGAAUGUUUCUUGUACACAUAAAAACUCUGUUACUAUUUGCAAACAUUCCAUUGACGGUAAUUAUAAGCUCGCCACAAUAAGGUACUACAAUAACGGUGUAGGUCUUCAGAAUACUAAUGAUCCCAAGAAUAGAAGACGUAUAACUGCUCCAGAGUUAAAAUUUCCUAUCCCUGGUUCACUCAGUGUGCAUGCAUUGUACUGCGGAGGAAAUCCAGUACUUAUCUAUGUUAAAGGAACUGGGCAAAGCAAAUGGUACAAGAAGCCUGCUACCGAUGAUAGUGGAAACGAAAAGUGGGAAGAAGUAAAUGAACUCAAAAGUGUAACACCGAAGGAAAUUCAGAAUGACUGUAAAAAAUAUAACAAACUAAUUGAGGCACUAAAAGAGGCUAACUGUGGAAACUUUGGAGCAUGUCCUCCAGAUCCAAAACCACGUACUGGAAAUGAAGGACCAGGACAAGACCAAACUAAAGAAGAGAAAGAAGACAAGAAAGAGGAGGAAGAUGAUGAAGGUUCAUCUCGAGAACUAGGUGGUACUCCUGCUGGUCCUGGUAAUGAUGGACCUGCAGGACCUUCUGAAGAACCUGCUACCUCAACUCAAGUUUCUGAAGAUUCUCAAUCUACUACUCCUCCUCUUACUGCUGCUCCUAAAACUCCUAAAGUUGAUGAUCCUUCUCAACUACCUGCUGGUCAAGAAUCUCGUGCUAAAGAAGGUGAAGCUCUAGCCCGUUCUGCUGGUUCUUCUACUCCUAAAGCUGCUGCUGCUAAUCGAGGCGGUGGUGGAACAUCUUCUGGAAACUCUAAUUGGCAAGUAAUUUUCGGGGGCUCCGCUUCUGCCACUGUUGUAUCUGGCGCAACAUUUUUUGCAGGUUAUAAGUUCUAUACGAAAUAUAAAGGAGAUCCUUGGGUCAGACAGAUUUAG